AAAACAACACAAAGGAUAUAAUGGAUUUUGUAAUGAAAAUAGCUUUGUUCACGGAGUAUGUAAGCAGAUUCGAGGCAGAGUACAUCCUAAAACUAAGGCAAUAACUUUAACCAAAGGAUUUGAUGUAUCAGAAACUGGAGCAGGAAUAGUUGAUGGAUUGAAAAUGAGCGAGAAUACAAAGAUGACAAUAAUUAGAGUGGGAUUUUUGGAGAUGAAGAAGUUUAUUCAAAUGUUUUAUCAUGGUGUUAAAGAAGAAACAUUUUCUGAGAGUUGUGGAAUUGCCGAUGUGAUUGCUACUUGUUAUGUAGACAGAGUUGCUGAGGCUUAUGUUUUUAACCAGGAAGAAAAUGAAUUGUUGAAUGGACAAAAAUUACAAGGAACUUUGACUGCAAAAGAGUUAUACAUAGUAUUGAGUCAUAAAAAUUGGAAAGCAAAAGAUAGAUCACAGUAUAAUGUUGUGCUAGUGAUAUCAUUAGAUCCAACUGAAAUAACUCUUCCACCUUCAAAUAUUCAAGCCGACAUCUCUUCCAAUCGAACUUCCAUCUUCCUUGCUUCUAAUGAUGAAAAAGUUUCCAUUAAGGAAGAUUUUCCUCAAAUCGAUGAAAAUAAAAGUGACGAUAAUGAUGACCCAAAAAAUUGGUCAAGAAAGCGUAAAAGCUUUAUUAUAAUUAUUAUUUCGUCUGCAGGUCUAAUUGCUCCAUUCUCAAGCACAAUAAUUUUUCCAGCAUUGUUAAGUAUACAAAAAGAUUUAAAUACUUCGGAAAUACUUGGAAAUUCACUAGUAUCCUCAUUCGUUUUAUUUAUGGGAAUUGCCCCAUUGGCAUGGGCAUCAUAUUCCGACACUUAUGCAACGAGACGUAAAGUUUACCUGGUUUCAAUCUUAUUAUACAUAAUAGCAAGUAUAUUAUGUGGUAUUUCACGUAAUAUUUGGUUGUUACUUGUGAUGCGUGCUUUACAAGCAUGUGGUGGCUCUUCAGUUCAAAGUCUCGGUGUUGCAACAAUAAGUGACACAUUUCAUUCAUUCGAACGUGGGACAGCGUACGGACUUUUUUAUGUUGGUCCAUUAGUUGGUCCCAUAAUGGGGCCGAUUUUUGGAGGAUAUUUGACAGAUUAUCUUGAAACUUUCCGACAUCAACAAUCACCACCACCGUCAACACCGUGUAAAUUAAAAGAAUCAUUGAAUAUCAGUUCACCAACAUCGCAAAGAUUUAAUCCAAUUGCUCCGUUAAAGUUAUUACGAUAUCCAAAUGUAUCAUUGACAGUAAUUUUCGUUAGUGUAGCAUUCUCACUUAUUUAUGUGGUAGGUACACUGUUGCCAAAAAUUUUUCAACAACGUUACAACCUUUCCACGUCACAAGUUGGUCUAGUGUUUUUGCCACCUGGUAUUGGAUAUAUGCUCGGUAGCAUUUUUGGUGGUAGAUAUUCCGAUUAUGUUUUAGCAAAAUCGAUAAAAAAUUUAUCCGAAAAAAGUAAUAAUAAUAUGGAAUCUGGUAUUAGUAACGAAUAUCCAGAGCUCAGACUUAAGAGUGCUCUGUUAGGUGGUAUUUUGAUGCCUAUUGCUUAUGUAAUGUAUGGUUGGUUUAUUAAUUAUAAUAUAAAUUUGAUUGCUCCACUCUCCAUGCUCUUUAUAGGUGGUGCAAGCCUUAUGAUAAUAUUUAGUUCUACAUCAACGUAUUUAGUUGAUUCAUUUCCCAAGAAAAGUGCUUCGGUAAUAGCAGCCAAUAAUUUUGGUCGAUCAAUAACGACAGCUCUAAUGUCAAUUUUGGCAAAACCAUUUGAAGAUUUAAUUGGUACCGGGUGGUUGUACACUUCUAUGUCUUUAUUAGCUGUCAUCACUGGCUUUG